AUGAUAGAUAUCAAUGCAUUGAUUAUGGGAAACCGUAGAGGAACAGCCGUCAUUACAUCACGUAAGGUGCUUAUGCUCCCAUGCUUUUGUUUGCCAGUCAAAAUUGAGCCCCCGCUCAGUAUGAGUGUACAGUGGAGGUGGUAUUUCUUCGAUGCAUCUUUCAAUCAGUGGGGCCAAGCAGACCGGACCUCCAGCUCUCGGUCCACACAGCGGCGGCCGGCCGGAACGGAGCUGGCAGCUGAUCCCCGGGCGUGGUAUUUGGAGGCACCUCAGGCCUGCCAGUACAAUAGGGUGACCCUUUCGUGGCUUUCUUCAAUUCCUACUGCCUGGUUUGGGCUGAUAGGCGCCCACCAACUCUAUCCCGCAUCGUCUUCAGUUACUUUGAAGAGGAAGGGGAACAGAACUCUGAAAGACUCACUGGCUGCCAAUGGUUCCUCUCGGUUUUAUUGUGUAAGCCGAGCCAGAUCAAAGCACCUCAACAUACCAGUCAUGUCUGCACCCGCAGUAGAGUCACUCAAUCUACUCACCGUACCCAAUACACGGUCUCAUGUCACCGGGGCACACUUCAUUCUUUUCCUCCUGAUUACAUCGCAUUCUCGUUGCCCAAAAACCACCAUCAUACAGCAUCGCAAUCCAUCAGGCGAUUCUCGCGAGCGGCUUCUCUCCAGUCAUCUCCUCUUCGACGCUCUUGGUAGGAUAGCCGCGUGGCUGAGGCAGCCGGCGGUGUUUGGAACCGCGCUGAGCUACGCACCCCCGCCAAUCUUCAUCUUUGGGUAUCCAGACUGCGAACUGGCGGACUUAGAAGCUACUCAUACCUUUGGUUGCUACUCUAACUUCGACGUCGUCAAUCUCCCGGCUGCUUUGGUUUCCCGUUGCCUAUGUCCUGAUCUCUUCGCAGCAAUGGCCUCGGACGAGAACAAGGCGCCACCAGCGGCUGCAGACAAUGAUUGGUCACCUGUAGUCAUGGACUGGUGGGAGGCCCCUCAGGACGGAGAUCAAGAAGAAAGCCGGGGCGGUGCUCAAGAUGAGCCCGACCGCGGUAUCACGUACGUUGGGCCUCCGCUCCGAGAGCAAGCUGCUGAGGAGCCUUUGCUUGAGCGCUUGGCUACAGAGCUAUUUCCUAUAGCAACAUUCCGUGAAGGAACAUCUCCCGAAGAGACAACUGAUAUCCCGGAUGCCUUUGCAGUCGUUGAUGUCCCGUCGCAGACACUCGAUACCUUCAGUAACUUUGUACGAUCGCAACAGGGACCACGCGCCACUGAGAACAAUAUGCCGCACAGUCAGGCUCGCCGAUACUCCCAGUUCCUUCUCCACGACAUUCAGAAUGAACUCAACGAAGGCGAUACCUUGAUCUUCGUGGACUUCCCUGCUCCUGCGAAUCCAGCAGACAGCGUUGAUUGCUUCAUCUACGCAUGGAACUCGGUCCGAUUUCGGAUGCCCUCUGAGAAGCUCCUGGCCACUGGAUCCUCCAAGUUCGCGGAGAUGCUGAAUCCUACCUACCAAUUCCGUGUCCAGCGUCGGCGCAAGAUUGCCAAGAAUCUUCCUCCGGGCAUCAAAUACGUCUUGGACCUUACCCCUCCUUCCGAGGGCGAUGAUCUCGUCUUUCAGAUGACUGAAGCCUCGCUGACACCGGGCAUCAUGAGCUGGUGGACAGCUUUCGACAAGCACGAUGUUGACGACUACGUCGUGCGUGGCCAUGACGAUAUCUGCUCUUGUUGGAAAGAAGCAAAGGUCGAUAGCUUCAACACGAUCAUCGACAAGAUCUCAGCGAGCGAAGCGUCCCGAGAUGAGAACAAGGAACGGGACCCGGAGAUGGAGUACGCCAUCAGUUCGGCUAUCAGAGAGAGUCUGCGCGAUGUCAUUCCAGAGAACGGCAAGAAUAAGGAGAGGCUGUACAGUGAGGACAAGGGAUUGGCUGCCAGGGUUCUGGAGAAGAAGUCUAGAGGAGACUUUUCUGCUCCCGCAGUUCCCCCCUAUAGACGCAUCCCGGACUACUGCCCGAUCCGCCAUCGCGUCAACAUUCUGCGCCUCAUGUGCAUCAUUGCAAACAAGCGAGUUUUCAUCGAUUCGGCCGCUCGAGUUUGGACCCUGGUGGCAGUUGCCAAGAUUUUGGACUGCACCACUGUUGUGCGCGAUCUAGUUCUUCAGUGGAUCACGUCUCCCAACAAUACCUCCUUCAUCGAAGUGUUGCCCGAAGAGAGUCUUCAACUCGGUGUCGCCCUGAAGCUGGAGGCUGUCACCCGCUCAGCGUUCCGAAUCCUGGUGAAUGAGCUUGCUCUGGAAGAAGCCGCCGAUGUGAAGGGAACGCCCAAAGCCGCAACCUACACCGUUUUUGGACGCAAGCGUCACGAUCCCGGCGACGACUUGAACAACCUCAUCCAGCACGCGGCCAGAGCCAUGGUCGAGCGCGUCUCGUGGCCCGUCAACCAGCUGGUCAGCGAGACCAUCUUCGACGAUCUGCAAAUUCCGGAGUGGACGCGGUUGCAGAACCUCAUCAGCAUGCUCUCGAGCUGCCCAGAUGACCCCGUCGUGGUCAAAGCCAAGGUCUCCGCGAUGACGGUAUCGUUUACGCUGAAGACUCUCUGGGAAAACCACGUGGUCUACAAGUUGCUUAGAAAGCCUCUUGACGCCGAUGAUCUCCAAAAGAUUGACGACCACCGAGCCAGCUACGUCGACAUUCAGAACUUUAACCGCUUCGAAAUCAUCUACAACCAGUUCAACAACGUGCAGAAGGCUCUGUGCACUUUCAUGUACGAGACGGUCGGAAACAAAUGGGCGUCUCUGUCCGAAAUAUACACUUCAAGCGCCUCGGGCCAAAUGAAUGUGUACAAGUUGGUCACGACCUUGUGGGACCACUUGAAGGAGGUCCUCGUCGCGCACCCCGAAUUCGCCUGGGACGGCGCCUGGAUGGCCGUUCUGAACCUCCCUCGCCCCCUCUCCAUGAAGAACCCGUUCGACACCCGCGAAUUGGAUAUGAUGGGGGCCUGCAGAUACGCGUUCGACACCCGCGAAUUCCAAAAACCCCUCCAGGACUUCCUCAAACCGUUCUACCAGGAAUGCGUCCGUGCCGACUUCGAGAUUAGGAUGAACUUGACGCCGCACUUGCUGCUGAAGCUGCACCACAACGAGUUGAAGUUCUUGCCUCUCUGGGCCGGCGGUAACGACGACGGUACCGGAGGCGUGUUUGAACACUCCCUGCCUCCUGCCGAUUAUGGUCCGGCCGGUCCGGGACCAGCCUAUCACACUGGUAUCACGAUCCCCUCGGAUGCCUCGAGCACCUCGGGCUCGGUGAGCAGCGUCUUGAGACAGCUUCGUCUGGAGGGAAGCGGCAGCACCGUCGGACCUGGCAGCGUGGACGUGCAAGACGGCAUCUCGACCGUCUUCAACCCGAACAGGGUCAUCGCCGACGACGUCUCGAUCCGCACAGAGUCCUUCACGGACGGGGGCUCGGAGUACGGCAACGCCAAGUUCGCCAUCCCCGCAGACGGACAGUCUGUGGCUGAGGCCAUGAGCACAAUGGUACUCGAUGAGAGUCACGACCAGUCGGACGCGGGCACCAGCAUCAACUUCGAUACCGACGCUGACGAGGACGACGAGGUGAUGACGGAGGUUGGUCCAGAGGACAGCCGCUCUCGCGAACAGACUCCCGAGUACGUCAUUGAGGGUUCCGGUGCUCGCGCGGCAUUCUCCUCUCGCGAGAAUCAGCCGGCCUCUGCUGCUUAUGGUCUAGAUCAUUGUAUCGGAAAUGCGGGGUUCAGCCAGAUACUCAUGAAUAACGAUGGUGGCAGAUUCAUACUGGAUUACACAGGGAACAAAAAGGGGUCUACGGUUGAUGACACUGGCUCUCACUUAUAG